AUGGCUUCCCGCUCUUCUAGUACUUCCUCCACUGGAACCGUGCGUUCAUCGUCAUCAGGAAAAGGUAUCCAUCUUCUUGAGAAUAACAGUGACUACGCAGAAUGGAUUCCAUACGCUGUCCUUCUCGGCUGCCAGUUCUAUGAUUUCAUCGUUCUGUCCAUCUUCCUUCCAGAAACAAAAGGAGUCGUUUUGGAGAAUCAUCUUCCACCGAAAAAUAAGAGAAUCUUUGGAAAACGGGCAUAG